GAGCACUGCAAACAGCGUCCGGUAGUCCUUGGUUCCAGCCAAGAUUACGGCGCUUCUCCGUUUCCCCCGUUUCUGCCAUCGGCAUUGUAAAAUAGUGUACCAGUAUAGACUGCAGGGAACCAUGGCACAGAACGCCAACGCGACCAUAGAGAUGGCCCAGACGGGCAAGCGCGAUCACCUCACCGCGCUUGAGAAAAAGUACCAGCAGAAGUGGCGCGAAGAACGCGUCUUCGAGGUCAACGCGCCAACGGAAGAGGAGACCAAGGGCCUCACCGCAGCUGAGAUUCGCGAAAAGUUCCCCAAGUGGUUCGGCAAUUUCCCCUUCCCCUACAUGAACGGCAGCUUGCAUCUGGGUCAUGCCUUCACCAUCUCGAAGAUCGAGUUCGCGGCGGGCUACCAGAGACUGCUUGGCAAGCGUGUCCUUUUCCCCCAUGGUUUCCACGUCACCGGUCUACCGAUUAAGGCCUCCGCGGACAAGCUCAUCCGCGAGAUGGCCAUGUUCGGCGAGAACUUCGAAAACUUCGAGGCCGUGUCGCAAAAGAUGGCUGACGAAGAGGCCGAGCUCGCCCGCAUUGAGGAGGAGCUCCGCGAGAAGGAGGCCGCGGCGCGCGCCGGCAUCCCCGUCGACAAGUCCAAGGCGAAGAAGGGCAAGAUCCAGCUCAAGUCCACCGGCCUCACCUACCAGUUCCAAAUCAUGGAGUCCAUCGGCAUCCCGCGCACGGAGAUCAAGAAGUUUGCGGACCCCUACCACUGGGUGCGCCACUUCCCGCCCAUCGCGAUGGAGGACAACAACGACUUCGGCUCGCGCAUCGACUGGCGGCGCUCGUUUCUGACGACGAAGGCGAACCCGUACUAUGAUGCGUUUGUGCGCUGGCAGAUGAACAAGCUGCACAAGCUCGGAAAGGUCAAGUUCGGCGAGCGGUACACGAUCUACAGCAUCAAGGACGGGCAGCCCUGCAUGGACCACGACCGCGCGGACGGCGAGGGUGUGGGCCCGCAGGAGUACACCGGCAUCAAGAUGGAGGUCGUCAACUGGAGCGGCGCGGCGGCGGCGGAGAUCAAGAGCAAGGUCGGCGACCGCAAGGUGUUCCUCGUCGCAGCCACCCUCCGCCCAGAGACCAUGUACGGACAGACGAACUGCUUCGUCGGCACGCAGAUCACGUACGGCGUCUUCGCCGCGAACGACAAGGAGGCAUACGUCUGCACGGACCGUGCGGCGCGCAACAUGGCCCACCAGGGCAUCUUCACGCCGCACGGGCAGGUCAACAAGCUCGCCGAAAUCCGCGGUUCGAAGAUCGUCGGGUCGAAGAUCAAGGCGCCUUUCGCGGUAAACCCCGAGGUGUACGUCCUGCCUAUGGAGAACGUGCUCCCGACGAAGGGCACGGGCGUCGUUACCUCCGUGCCAUCGGACUCGCCGGAUGACUACGCGACGUACCACGACCUGCGCAAGAAGCCUGAGUUCUACGGCAUCGACCCGGCGUGGGUCGCGUUCGACGUCGUCCCCGUGAUCAGCACGCCGAACCACGGCGACAUGAUCGCGGCGAGCCUCGUCAAGCAGCUGAAGAUCCAGUCGCAGAAGGAUGUGAAGCAGCUCGCGGAGGCGAAGGAGAUCGCGUACAAGGAGGGCUUCUAUAACGGCACCAUGGUCAUUGGCGACUACAAGGGCGUGAGCGUGCAGGAGGCGAAGCCCAAGGUUCGCCAAAGCAUGAUUGACAAGGGUGUCGCUUUCGCGUACGCGGAGCCGGAAGGUCUCGUCGUCUCCCGUUCCAGUGACGAGUGCAUCGUCGCGCUUAUGGACCAGUGGUACCUCGACUACGGAGAGGCCGAGUGGCGCAAGAUCACCGAGAGGCUGCUGGCCAAGAUGGAGCUGUAUUCGCUCGACACUCGCCAUGCCUUCCAGGGCACCCUCGCUUGGUUGAACAAGUGGGCAUGCGCGCGCACCUACGGUCUUGGUUCGGACUUGCCUUGGGACCCCCAGUUCCUCGUCGAGUCUUUGAGUGACUCCACUAUCUACAUGUCGUACUACACGGUCGCGCAGCUCUUACAUGAGAACUCCCUCGAUGGCUCCAAGCCCGGUCCCUUGAAUAUCACCCCGGAGCAGAUGACGGACGAGAUCUGGGAGUACGUCUUCUGCAACGGCCCUUGGCCCGCCAACGCCCCCCUCCCGCAAGAAAAGGCCGACGCCCUCAAGCGCGAGUUCAGCUACUUCUACCCCUUCGACGUCCGCUCCUCCGCCAAGGACCUCAUCAACAACCACCUGACGUUCGCGCUUUACAACCACGUCGCAAUCUUCGACGAGGAAAACUGGCCGCUGUCGAUGCGCUGCAAUGGACACCUGAUGCUCAACGGCGCGAAGAUGUCGAAGAGCAAGGGCAACUUCUUGACGCUGAAGGACGCGAUCAGCAAGUUUGGCGCGGAUGCGACGCGCUUGUCGUUGGCGGACGCGGGUGAUGGUAUCGAAGACGCGAACUUUGAGGAGAAGACCGCGAACGCGAACAUUUUGCGGUUGCAUACGCUGCUUGGCUGGUGUGAGGAUAUGGUCAAGGCUGAGCCCAAGAUGCGCCACGGCGAGCUGUCGUCGUACCACGAUAAGGUCUUCGAGAACGAGAUCAACGAGCUUAUCACGAUCACCAAGGAGCAGUACGAGCAGAUGAACUUCAAGGACGCCCUCAAGCACGGCUUCUACGAGCUCCAGAGCGCCCGCGACUGGUACCGCGAGGUCACUCAGGACAUCGGCAUGCACGCCGACCUCGUCAUGCGCUGGAUCCGCGUCUCCGCCCUCCUCGUCUCCCCCAUCGCCCCCCACUUCGCUGAGCACAUAUGGCUCGCGCUCCUCAAGGAGCCGCAGACCAUCCAGCGCGCGAGCUUCCCCACCCCCACCGCCCCCGUCGACCGCUCCGUCCUCGACUCGGGCGAGUACAUGCGCGGCACGAUCAAGAUGAUCCGCGACGCCGAAGCCAACCUGGUCAAGCUGCUCAACAAGCAGAAGGGCAAGAAGGGCGGCGCGCUGCCGAGCUUCGACCCGAAGAAGCCGAAGGCGGUGCGGAUAUACGUCGCGACGAGCUUCCCGGAGUGGCAGGACGCGUGCGUGAGCGCGGUGCAGGAGGCGUACGAUGCGGCGGCGGACAAGGUCGACGACGCGAAGGUCCGGGCGCUGCUCACGGAGCGCGGGCUCAUCAAGGACAAGCGCGCGAUGCCGUUCGUGCAGGCGUUCAAGAAACGGAUGGCGCAGUUCGGUGCCCAGGCCGCGUUCCGCCGGACGUUGCCCUUCUCCGAGAGCGUCGUGCUGAAGGAGAUUCUGCCGUACCUCAAGAAGACACUCGGUCUCGCGGAGGCGGACGUCUUCACCGUCGAAGAGGCCCUGCAGAAAGAGGGCUGCACGAAGUCCAUCGUCGAGAGCGCUGAGCCGGGCAACCCUGGCUUCGAAUACCGCAACGUCGAGUGAUCCUAGUACUCACCUUUGCUCACCCUAGUACACUGCACGUUGGUUAUUCUCGCAUAGCUAAUCCCAUCUUAAUCGUCUCUGAGCGCGAGAGGGACCGGGC